UCAAGGGCCUUAGCCUCACCACAUGACACUACCAUACAAUAGCAACCCAUGGUCCAUGGUAUGCUCUGUAUCCAUGGCAACACUGCAGUUUCUCACACAAUCUCCACACCCACCACUCAUUUCAUUGCGCAGAGCUCCGGCCAUCUUUCUCCUCUGUCAGGCAUUUCCUGAGAAACACGGCCACUCCACCUCUCCUGCAGCCAGCCUUCACUUCCAUUCCAGCAAGGAGGGUGCCAGGUGACCUGAGCCCACAUAGCCCUGAGCACCUGCAGCACACCCGGCUGAGUCCUCUGGACAUCGAGGAGGAACCCACAGCAGGAGGAGGCUGUGGAAACCUGUGACACUCCUGCCUUCCUACGUGGCAGUGGCUCAGAAUCCUUUGAGUGCUGUCAAACCGAGCUGAUUGUCGGUCCUUAGAAAGUGGGAGUAAUGGCGGCAACACUGCUAGAGGAUUGGUGCAAGGGGAUGGACAUGGAUCCCAGAAAGGCCCUGCUGAUCGUGGGCAUCCCCGUGGACUGUAGUGAGGCGGAAAUUACAGACACUGUGAAGGCAGGCUUGCAGCCCCUGUGCGCGUACAGGGUGGUGGGGAGAAUGUUCAGGAGGGAAGACAAUGCUAAGGCAGUCUUCAUUGAAUUGGCUGACACUGUCGAUUAUACUACUCUGCCUAGUGAGAUACCGGGAAGGGGGGGCUCCUGGGAGGUGGUGGUAAAGCCCCGUAACCCAGAUGACGAGUUUCUCAGUAGACUGAACUACUUCCUGAAAGAUGAGGGCCGGAGAAUGAUAGAUGUGGCCAGAGCCCUGGGAUGUGGUGGCUUCCCUGCCGAGAGCCUGGAGGCAGAGGUCCUGCCCCAAGUUAGACCCCCACCUUUGGAGCCUCUGAAAGAAAGUAUGUGGUACCGGAAACUGAAAGUGUUUUCGGGAACUGCUUUCCCUAGCCCAGGGGAAGAGACCUUUGAGGUCUGGCUGGAGCAGGUCACUGAGAUCAUGCCCAUAUGGCAAGUGUCUGAAAUGGAGAAGAGGCGGCGUUUGCUGGAGAGCUUACGCGGGCCUGCGCUGUCAAUCAUGCGGAUGCUCCGAGCCAACAAUGACUCCAUAACUGUGGAGCAGUGCCUUGACGCCCUAAAGCAGAUCUUUGGGGAUAAAGAGGACAUUAGAACCUCCCAGUUUAGGUUUCUGCAGACCUGUCCAAAGAUUGGAGAGAAAGUCUCGGCUUUCCUGCUGCGUUUAGAGCCCCUGCUGCAGAAAGCUGUGUAUCGCAGCCCCAUGUCAGUGCGCAACACAGACAUGAUUCGCCUGAAACAUAUCUUAGCUCGGGUCUCCAUGACUGCUUCCCUCCGGGGCAAGCUGCAGCUCCUGGAUCAGCGAGGGUGUCCUCCCACUUUUCUGGAGUUAAUGAAGCUCAUUCGAGAUGAGGAGGAGUGGGAGACCACUACAGCAGUGAUUAAGGAUAAGCAGAAGCCUUCAGGGAGAAGCCGGGGGAGACAGGCAAGAGCAGAAGCCAGUGUGUCUGCCCCUCAGGUCAUUGUGCAGCCAGGGUCUUUUACGGACAGCAGCACCCAGACCAUACAGGGAGCCUUAGCCCCGUUAGUGAAGCGCAGGCGGCUGUCAUGCACUGAAAGCCCUGGGGAGGAAGACUGCGGCCAGGCCAUCAGUCCCAAGGAGGAAAACCAGACUCCAGACGGGGAAGGGCCACAGGCCACAGGAGCAGAGUCGGGAAACGACGCCAGGGCUGGGGCGAUGAGCCAUCCCAAGCCCUGGCAAGCAUAGGCUCACAAGACCUAGGCACUCCUUCCCCUGGCAUGCAGCAGGGACAUUUUAACAAGGGGAAAGGACAGCUUACACAAAUAGGGAACUUGAUUGGGGCAGAGGGAUGGGGAAAUCAGAUUGAGACCAAGUCCCCUUGCUUUCUACCAAUUGGAAGGGACUUUACCAACCAAGACCAAAUAGCAUGUGGUUCAGUGGGGGCCAGGCCCAUGGCCCCUAAGAGGUACAGGAGACACAAGCGGGGAGCCGCUACAAUUAGCACAUGGGGUGCCUGGGCUUUAGAUGGGGGCCCCAACAUAGCAGGGGCUGAAGAAGGUGUGUCUGAAGGCUCUGGCCCGCUCAACUGGUCACCGCCAAAUACCCACUCUGUGGACUUCAAUUCCCAGGCCAUGUGGGACCUGGAGGAGCCUGCCUGGGACCCACCCCUGCGAGGAGCCAGGGCUGGUGAGGAAGAGCUGUGGGGCAGAGAGGUAAAGCCCCGCAGGGGGGGCCGCAGGGUUCAGCCCGUCUAUAGGAUCAUCUACACUGCACUAGGAGAGCCCCAGGAAGGUAGCACCCACGAACCCCUGCGCCAGUGAGGAGGAGAAGUAGAAGGAGGAUGAUCAGGAGGAGGAGGAGGAGGAUAAGGAGGAACAGGAGGAGGAGGAGAAGGGGGGACUUGGGGUUGGGUAGUUUUUGGCUUGCAUCGUCGCUGGGCCCAGUUUGUGCUGCUGUUCUGUGUCAUGAGCUCCACCUUUUUGCUGGCAUGGAUCUCAGCCAGGGACUGCUGGUUCUUUUGGGGAUGUGUGUGUUCUUAUUUGAGCAGCUCCUUUGCAGCGUACCCCAGUGCAGUUCCGGGAGACAGUGGGAAGGAGGAUGGCAGAUGCUCACCUUGUGACUGUUACCUCGACUGCAGGAGGAUGAAGUGGACCUGGGACGGAACAGGGCUGCCUGAGGCUCCCGGGAAACUUUGUGCUUUUGUGUUCCACCCCUGUUGUUAUUUGUGACUCAGUUUCCUCAGCUUGGAGUGGUGUUCCCUGCUGUGUUUUCCAGCAUCCUGUGACUGUCCUGUGCAAGCCGUAGGGCAGUGCCCCGCCCAGGUGGGUGGGCUCAGGAGGGGGUGACCUGAAGCGAGUAGAUCUAGCCAGAGUCCCCUGUCCUUGGAAGGAGAGAUGUGCCAGGGGGCCCACAUUGAGGGAGGGGGCCUGGGACUUGGGACCUGUGGCAGCUGUUUGCAGUUUCUCUGUUAAGAUUCCCUUCUCUUCUGCACUUUUGUUACAUGCUUCUGUUCAAUAAAUUUCCAUCAGUGUUCA